AUGACCAUCGUCAACGUUCAACACGCGCACCCAUAUCUUUCUCAAAACGCUAAAAAGAGAGAAUAUGAGGAGAAGCGAAAGAACACGUACAAAACGACGAUCGCAGAAAUUGGACAUGUCUUGGUUCAAAAAGGAUACGCAUCUGAACAAGAUAUCAAACUGCAAGAGGAUUCCAUGUUCAAAGCUGUCGAGAUUAUCACUUCGGUGAAUUUAAAGACGAAAUACCCAAGUCAAACUCGUGAGAAAACCAAAGGAAUGAAGAUGACUCGUGAAGAAAAACGGAGAGGGAACACUGAAAGAGAACAACUGAGAAGAGAUAAGCAGAAAGAUGCUAUAGAUCACAUGAGAGAAAUCAUCAGAGAUAAAAAGCUCGGAACUGAAUCACAGAGAGAAACGUUGGAGCAAGUGACAGUCCUGAAACUAAUCCUCGAUUACGUUCGCACACUACCAACCGCCACCGUUUGUCCAAGUGUUCCAGACAUGCCAUUCAUCUACACAGAACCAGCCAAAAACGUUCUACAGGUUUCUCAACCAAAUGACCUGUCAGCUCUUCUUCAAAUAGUUGCUCAGUCCUGUCCUUCUCCUAUUGAACUUUCAAAAUCAGUCCCAAUCCCAUCAGUCAUUCUGAACCCUCUUCAAUUACCAGUUCUGUCAGAUGACGAAGUUUCACUUUAUUCUGGAACUUCUGGUGAUUCUACACCAGGACUCCCUCACAUUCAGUCUGGAUCAUCCCCAGAUUUCUAUCCAGCGUCCGUUUCGGAUCAACAAGAAACUACGAAACGACAAAACAAGUACAAAACGACGAUCACAGAUAUUGGACAUGUCCUGGUUCAAAAAGGAUACGCAUUGAAACAAGAUCUCAAUUCGCAAGAGGACUCGAUGUUCAAAGCUAUCGAGAUUAUCACUUCGGUAAACUUAAAGACGAAGUACCCGGUUCAAACACGUGAGAAAACCAAGGGAAUGAAGAUGACUCGUGAAGAAAAACGGAGAGGAAACACUGAAAGAGAGCAAUUGAGAAGAGAUAAACAGAAAAAUGCUAUGGAUCACAUGAGAGAAAUCAUCAGAGAUAAAAAACUCGGAACUGAAUCACAAAGAGAAAAGUUGGAGCAAGUCACAGUCCUUGAACUGAUCCUUGAUUACAUUCGCACACUACCAGCCGCCACCGUUUUUCCAAGUGUUCCAGUCAAGCCUUUCAGCUACACAGCCCCGGAACCGACUAAUUCGCUAAACACUAUUUCUUUGAUGUCUGAAGUUCCACAGGAUUCAACCAUUUUCGAAAUGCAACUCCUCUUCGAUUAUCUUGAAAGUCAAAAUAUUCUUCAAGACAUUAUAAACAUUAUUAAAGAAGACCAAUGCAAUGAGCUGAAGCACAGCUAA